UGAUGUCAUAUGAUCAGUCAGGAAAUACCAACUGAUUUAUUCGGAUUUUAUGAGCGCACUAUGUUCAGUGAAAUGAUAUAGGCAGAAAUAUGCCUCUUUAAUGCAGAAGUCGGUGUGUAUUCACAUUUGUGCACUGAUAUUCGAGGUUUAGACUCGAGUUUGGUCAUUAAUGCACUAACCGCAGCGCACGGGCAUUUUCAAAGGAAACCAAGGGUAGUUUAUUUAAAUCAUGGAAGUGCCUCGGAGUCACAUAUCACUGUUCCUAUGUAUGUUAUCAUGCGUGUCGUUAAUCGGGUCUCGAUACACUGCCGAUUGGGCUAGUUUGGACUCCAGACCUCUGCCUGAAUGGUACGACGACGCGAAGUUCGGGAUCUUCGUUCACUGGGGAGUGUUUUCUGUGCCCGCGUUCGGCAGCGAGUGGUUCUGGUGGAACUGGCAGGGCGCACAAAUAUCUGAGUACGUUCAGUACAUGGCCAAAAACUAUCCACCUGGAUUUACCUAUGCUGAUUUCGCACCUGACUUUCGCGCACAGUUUUUCGAUCCUUAUGAGUGGGCAGACAUCUUCGAAGCUUCAGGUGCAAAAUAUGUGGUUCUCACGUCGAAACAUCAUGAAGGCUUCACAAACUGGGGCUCACCGAACUCCUGGAACUGGAAUUCUGUGGAUAAUGGACCGCGCAGGGAUCUUGUUGCAGAUUUGGGCGUUGCAAUUAGGAAAAAGUCUCUGCAUUAUGGACUCUAUAACUCUCUGUUUGAAUGGUUCAACCCCCUCUACCUGAGUGACAAGCAGGCUGAUUUCAAAACCCAGGAGUUUGUUAACAACAAACUUAUGCCAGAGCUCUACAAUCUGGUCAAAAGGUAUGAGCCAGAGUUGAUAUGGUCAGAUGGGGACUGGGAAGCAAAUGACACCUAUUGGAACUCUACAGAAUUUCUAGCCUGGCUUUACAAUGAUAGUCCAGUCAAAGAAGUAGUAGUGGUCAAUGACAGAUGGGGGGCUGGGUGUUCCUGUAAACAUGGAGGUUAUUACAACUGUGCUGACAAAUUCACCCCAGGGACAUUACCCAGUCACAAGUGGGAGAAAUGCACAUCAGUGGACACAUACUCUUGGGGUUAUCGUCGUAAUAUGGAGCUAAGCCAACUGAUGGAUCUUCCAUUCAUAAUUAAGGACCUGGUCCACACAGUAGCCUUCGGGGGCAAUUAUCUGCUGAAUGUGGGGCCAAAGCCAGACGGCAUGAUUCCACCUGUUUUUGAGGAACGUCUCAGAGAUAUUGGGGCCUGGAUGAAGAUCAAUGGGGAAGCCAUUUAUGCAACUAAGCCUUGGAGAGUGCAGACUGAGAACGCCACUGUCCCUGUCUGGUACACCUCAAAAGGCAGCACAGUGUAUGCUAUCUUUACUACAAAUCCCAUGCAGUACACCUUUCAGCUCUUUGCACCCAAAACAUCAGACAAAACUGUGGUGACUUUGUUGGGGAUAUCUGAGCCUUUGAAAUGGGAUCCUCUGCACUCAACAGGACUGAUUGUGCUAAUAACUGAUCUGCCCUACUCACCUGCUCAAGUCUGGACCCUUAAACUGGAUGGAGUGGCUUAAACCACUCAUUUCCAAUGUGAGGAUUUUUUUUGUGUUUUGUAUAAAUACAUUUUUUACUGGCAUAGAAUUUAGUUGAUUGCUGUUAAAAUUAACAACUGAAUGGCACAGAAGAACCAAAUAAAAAAGACUUUUGUUUUUACUUAAACAUUUGUUUAAUGAGAUAUGCUUCAUUAUAUUUUAUGUGUCUGAAACUGAAAUGUAAACCACAAAGCUUAUUAUAUUUAUUUAAUGUGGUUUUCACAAAUUCCUUAGCAACAUUAAUCAUUUUGUGAUGCAAUAGUCACUGUUCUUUAAAUAGGCAAAUGAGGUUUGCCAUUUCAGCCACAUGCAUGAAUACAGUGGAAUGAAAUGUUAUUUUUUCUGGGUCUUCAGUGUAACUUGCAAUGUAAUAAGUGUGGUUUGCUAAGGUAAGCAUCACUAUCAUUAUUGCUCAUAGCUAGGGUUAGAAAUCUGAAUAAAGACCUUAAACCGAAAUAUUUAACUUAAGCACUUCCUGCAUGGUUUGUGCAGAUUGGUCUUGCUGUGAAUUCGGCAACAGUAGGUCAAAUGUUCUUCAACUCAAUUCGGUCUGUGCUAACUGACAUUCUAACCACUGCCCCCAGUGGCCGAAGCUGAAAGUGUUGUUGACAUCAAACAGAGUUUUAAAUCUAGUUGUUUUAAGUUAUAAAACAUGUAAGUCAAUGGGAAUGCACAUUUUAUUAACCAGACAUCCUACCCUAAACCUAAAUGUCAUUGGAGGAAAUUUUUUAAUCUUAGAGCAAAAAUGCAACCUCUAAAGCACCUGUGUUUCUGAGACUUCAUGUAGUGCCAUAGGAAAAGGUAAACAUAUUUAAAUUGAUGCAGAAAUGUCUGAUGGGGAUGGCACAUGUCAGUAACUCUGUAGAAUGGGUCGAUGUCAGCGUACAAGAAAAUUCAGUAGCAACAUGUUGAAUUGAUCAUGUUUGUUUGUGCUACAGACAUGAAUGAUACCUUAAGUUGUGGGGCUUUUUUACUUUUCAGUGUAAUUUGACUUCCAGUUUUUACCAGGUGGAUGAUAAAACUGGUAAAAUAUCGAUUAAACUAAUAUUGGAGUUUGGAUCCGAUCCAUAUACAGUAGAAACCAGAAUAUCAUAGAGCACUGUUAACUAUACACCAUGAACUCCCUUGCAGCAUUGUGGCUGUGAGUUUUACAUGGGCAAGCACCACUCGCAUUUUCUUCAGAAAAUUUUAAAAUUCUAGUUUGGUAAAAAAAAAAAUCAUGCAAGGAAUGUACAUUUACAAAUGAAAAUGAUCUGUUAUUACAUUUUCAGUGUAAUAAUUUUGUGAAACUAUGGGAUGCCAUAUCUGUCAAAGUAGCAAUACAUUGACCGUGUGGGGCACACUUGACCACAUAUGUAAUUAUUUUUAUUAGGCAAAAGCACAUCACCUUAUGUCGA